GAGGCUGGGCUUAGAGCCCAGCCUGCGGGGCGGCGGUCACCGGAGCCGGUGGGCCGGGCGGCGGACAGCCGGGGACAGCGGGGUGGCGCCGUGUCUGCCGCCAUGACAGAUCAGACCUACUGUGACCGUCUGGUGCAGGACACACCUUUCCUGACAGGCCAGGGGCGCCUGAGUGAGCAGCAGGUGGACAGGAUCAUUCUCCAGCUGAACCGUUACUACCCACAGAUCCUCACCAACAAGGAAGCCGAAAAGUUCCGGAACCCCAAGGCCUCCUUGCGUGUGCGGCUCUGUGACCUCCUGAGCCACCUGCAGCAGAGAGGCGAGCGGCACUGCCAGGAGUUCUACCGAGCCCUGUACAUCCACGCCCAGCCUCUGCACAGCUGCCUGCCCAGCCGCUGUACCCUGCAGAACUCAGAGUACACAGAGCUCGACUGGGGCAGCGAGAGCCACGAGCUGAGUGACCGGGGACCCAUGAGCUUCCUGGCAGGCCUGGGCCUGGCCGCAGGCUUAGCCCUCCUCCUCUACUGCUGCCCUCCAGACCCCAAGGUGUUGCCAGGAACCCGGCGUAUCCUCGGCUUCUCACCAGUCAUCAUCGACAGACAUGUCAGCCGCUACCUGCUGGCCUUCUUAGCAGAUGACCUCGGGGGAUUCUGAUGGACUCAGACCCUGAGCCUCGUCUGCUGCUCAACCAAAGAAUCGCCCGGCUGCCCACUGCAAAGCCAGCACUUCUUUUUCUAAAUGCUUAUUUUUCACUAUUUAUAAUUUCUAUAAGAAGCUUAUCACCUUCACCCUGCAAGGUGCCUAAUGUAUUAAAUGUUUAUAUCAUCUCA